UGGAAGAGUCCAUGCUUGCAUUGUUUCCGUGCAGGAGGCUUGCACCCAGUCGAGAGGCAGCACAAAAUAAAGACAAAGUCUGGCACACGCACGGGCUAACGGGCCGGGCCGGCGUUCCGCAGAUUGAAUUGCUAGCGAUAUUGAAUUUAGCGUGGUUCCCCUGGGCUCGCCUCGCUGACACACAGGGAUGAAGGGCUAGCUACCCGCCAGGCCGUCACGGGUCUGUAGCCAUCCGCUCACCGCGUGACCAGCACACCUUUCCUCGGGCCAGACGUGCGAGGAUGGCGGGGCAGGCGGCGUGGUUCCUCCCGUUGUUGGCGGCGGGGCUGGCCCUGCUCGCCCGGGACGCAGGGGCGGCGCUGUGCGAGCCGAUCACGAUCCCCAUGUGUAAGAAGAUGCCGUGGAAUAUGACGAGGAUGCCCAACCUGCUGCACCACAGCACCCAGGAGAACGCCAAACUCGCCAUCGAGCAGUACGAGAGUCUGGUCAACUACACGCCCAGCUGUAGCCCCGACCUGCUCCUGUUCUUCCUCUGCUCCAUGUACGCGCCCAUCUGUACCCUAGAGUUCAGCCAGGAGCCCAUCCGGCCCUGUAAGAAGGUGUGUGAGGGGGCACGCGCCGCCUGUGAGCCCGUGGUGCUCGCGUACAACCACACCUGGCCGGACCACCUCAAGUGCGACGACCUGCCCGUCUACGAGCUGGGCGUCUGUAUCUCACCUGAGGCCAUCGUCACUGAAGAGCCACCAGAGCUUUCGGAAUCUACAGAAAAUGCAGACAUUAGGGAGCCGGGAAAGUCAAGAGAAAAGGGGCGCCGCAAACAGGACGGAGUAGAGGAGGAGGACGAGAAGUGCCCGAAGUGCAAACGACUGAAGGCCUCCUACAGAAACUACGAGAAGAAAACUUAUCAUUAUGUGUUGAGAGUACAGGUGAAGGGAACAGAGACCCGCGGCGACCAGAUCGCCACCACUGUGACCGUGCUGGAGGAAUGGAAGCACCACGCCAUCAGCGUCCCGAAGGGGGAAGUGCAGCUCUGGACCAACUCCACCUGCAAGUGUCCAAGACUGAAGGUGGACCAGGAGUACAUCAUCAUGGGAUACGAGGACAGCACCAACGGCCGCCUGCUGCUGCUGCCGGAUACCAUGGUAACCAACUAUUCCAGCAGGUGGCAAAAAAGAUUCAAGAAAUGGGAAAGACGGCUGAAGCGGUCACCUGGCAGAAAGAGACGAAAAGGCCGUAAGAAACCGCGGUCAGACGAUAGCGUGCAGGGAGACUCGCCGGAUCCGGACAGCUCCAGAGACCGGAGAGAAACAGGCACAGGGGACCGCGACAUGGAACCUGGGAACGAGAGUUGAUCGUGAAGGGUGGGAGCCUGGGUAGGAGACUUAUUGCCGACACUGCCGCAUGCUUGAAACAAAAUGACGUAUGAUGAUGGCCAGUCAUUCUUUCAGUGUUUUGAUGUUUCUGGGAGUCCAAUAUGGCGGAGUAGAAGUCAGUAGACGUUAAGCGCUAACGUCCCAACGACUUGUGACGCAAGCUUGGUGCACAAAUUCGCAGACACUCAACAGCAGAAGAGGAAAAAUAUAGCACUGAUAUGAUAAAUCAUAGAGUAAGGACUCCGUCCAAUACAUACUAGUUGCUUGCAAGUAACGAGAGAGAGGGUAUAAGGGGCAACAGAUCUAGAUUUGUGGAUACAAUGGCCUGAAGACCGAAGUGAUUUUUAUGGAACUUAGGAACCAUCUUUAACACUAAGUACACAGAUAACAGUUACUGUAAUGAAUUAGAGUUUGUAUGCUGUUGUGGAAGAUCAGGUAAGAAAGCUUUCUAAAAGUGCACCAAGUCAGAAAAUUACGAAAAUUGAAUGCCUUGAAUACGUAUAUAUUCAAUAUCGAGUUUUUACUAUCUUUCAACUUUGUUGUAAAAAACGUUUUGUAUAUAUUCGCCGUACGUCCGAAUGGCUUAUUGGCUGUGAUGAAUAUGUAGAAGUAUAGAAAGGAAAAGAGUUCAUGUGAUAUGUACAACGUACCACCUGUAAGUAUGCAGUUCUCAGCAAAGCAAUAUUUGAGCUUUGCGGCUAAGGCAAGGCUAGGGAUGUGAACGUGUGGCUUAUGUGACGCUUUCUUCAGGUGUAUGAGACAUACAGGUAAUACAAUAUAAAGCAUGUAAUGUUAGAAUUGCUAUGGACCUGCUUUAGAAGGUACACAAGGCCGUGUGUUGGACUCAGCUACCUGUGCUUGUAUUGUGGGCUUGGCUUCUGCCACAACGAAUCUUAUGGCAAAAAUAAAGUUACGACUAAGCUUAAGGUUGACUUAAUUGAAGUAAGUUUGACAACGCGCGGUUCUUCGGCCGACAGGCCUUAGGCCCAACAAGCGGCACAAUCUGCAAGUUAGCUCGAUAGAACCCUACAAGUACGCCACAAAACUUCAGACAAUAAAGUCAAUAAGAC